CUGCUUUUCAUCCUCGCUCUUUCUCUCUCGCUUUUCACGUCUACGACCGCGCAGCCCGCCACGCUCCAAUUCUCUGACUGUUUCUCCAGCUCAAAUACAUCUCAGAAACUCGAUGUCUCGACUGUCUAUGCUCAGUUCUUCCCUGCUGGACCCUCGAGUGGCGCCUACAUCAACUUCACGGUUAUAGGCACUACGCCUCUGCAGAUCAUGGCUGCAUCGGACGGGCCUAAUCCCGUUGCCACGACCCUUUUCACGACAACUGAACUGCUCACCUUCGCGCAACCGAAUAACAACACUAAUUCCUUCUUCUGCAACUCCUUACGCCCGCCAUCUCCGCUUGACACACCCGACGCCCAUAACGGCUUCUGUCCACUGGAUGCCGGACCUUUCGCGUUCUCGUCAAAAGUCCCCAUCCAGCCUGGCUCCGAGUUGGCGACAUUCGAUACGCGGUUACGAGCUCUGGACCCCUUCCAACACGAACUGCUCUGUCUAGAUGUGAACACAACAGUCCUGAAUCCCGGUCCGGUAGAUUCGGUAUACGGACAUGCACAUAUCAUCUUCUGGUGCACCGUCGGGCUAGCGAUCGGGUACUGGGCAAUUGUAGGCAUCGCACGCCUUGUUGCUGCUUGGGGCCGCGGAUCAUCUAGGGGAGGCAGCGGCGUACUAGCGAAGCUCGAAAGCGCCGGGUUUGUCUUCGCCAGUGCGCUGAGCGGUGAACGGUUUGCGUCGUCUCCUGCGCUCAUGCGUUUCUGUACGCCCUCGUUGCGAGACAUCAUCUUCCACACACAGUGGUGCGCCGCCCUGUCUAUGGUCGCUGUGCAAUGGCCGAUGUUUGCCUACCCGCUCCUUUCGCAAACUGCAUGGUCGACCCUGAGUUACAACAUCACGAUCUCUCAGGGCAAGAAUGCACGAUGGAACCCGCUGUCUGUCACGCCAUAUGACCCUCCCUCAAAUUUCGCCGAUCAACUUAGCGAUUCCACUUCCCCCAUCUUCAUCGACAGUAGUGCACCGAACUACUUCUUCCAGCUCCCGGACAAUGCCACGACCGGCAUACCCGCAUUUGCGUGGUCGGUUGGCCUUCGGCCCCAGGAUCUAUUCGGUGUUUGUCUCACCCUCUUCCUGGCUAUCAUCGCGGCGACGAUCGUCAUCAGCAUAUUGGUUUGGCUCUUCGACCUUAUGAUGUCGGUACUAUCAGGUGGGACUGGUACCAAUCAUCCCGCCGCUACCUUGGCAGGUUCUCGUAGCCCUCGCUACUCGGCGGGCAGCAAGGACAUGCUUGACGGUCCAGGGAUGUCUGCCGUCGAAGAGAACAGAUCUUUCAACGGCAACUUCCUCUUCCGCGGUUCACCGGCACGCUUCCCAGUCGGACGGUCAUGGUGGCGCAGUCGCGGUAGCUUCAUCUCCUUCCACGGGAGCGUCCUGCACGGCAACCUUGUCCGCAUUCUCAUCCUCUUCCACCUCCCCAUCACCAUCUUCUCCUGCUACCAGCUGAGCCUAGGCAAAGCGCAGGUGUCGACGGGCACCUUGGUUCUAGCUGCCCUAGCGUUUACGAUUCUCUCCGUCUUGAUCCCGGCAUUCCUGGUGCUGCGUCUUACGCUCACGCGGACAAGCAAGUUGUACGACGAAACCUGGACCCUGCUUUCUCUCGGGCCGCUUUACAACCAUUACCGGCAUGGCUCCCAGCUCUUUGCGUGCACGCUGUUCGCUAUCAAUUUAGCGUUUGGCGUUACGAUAGGCUUCGGACAGAAGAGCGGGACCGCGCAGGCUAUCGUCAUCCUUGUAGUCGAGGUGGCUGCCGCUCUCGGGACCAGUAUCUGGUUGCCGUGGGGUCAGGGUGCCAGCAUGGGGCUCAUCAGCUUCCUGUUCUGCGUUGGGAGAAUAGUCAUUGCGGUCCUUCUCGUCAUCUUGACACCAGUAGUGUCCAUCGGCGCCGGUGCGGGGCAAUGGGUCGCGUAUGCGAUUCUGUUCAUCUUGGGCCUGAUUUACCUCGCAUUUGCCUUGAUGCUCUUCGUCAAAAUCCUCGAGGCCUUCCUGCGGAUCAUAGGUGGCAUUGGCUUCGGGAGAAGCAAGCAUGUCGUCGACAGUGGACUCCUUGGGACCAUGGGGCUCAUGGGCUGUUGCGGGUCCCGACGUCCCCGCCGCGCUCGUGGUUACCGCGCCGCGGAUGCCGGCAAGCAACCACAAACCCUCAUGCUGUCUAGACCUGCGCCGCCCUUCAAGGACUCUACACCGCCCUCGUCCGGACCGCCAUCGGUUCUCCGUCCGGAGCACGCAAUGCAACCAUACAAGGAGGAUAGCGACGACGAGACAGGCUUCAUAAUGGGCGCGUGGCAACCGUUCCCGGGACCCGGGUACAGCGCAAUGGAGGAGCCCCCCGCCCCAGCACCCUCGCCGCCCAAGUCAGGGUUCUCGCGCGUGGCCGGCGGCCGCGCGCAUUACGAGUCGCCUUACGCCAUCGCGUCCGGGUCCACGCAGACGUUCCCCUCGGUGGAGCGCGGCGCGGGCUCUGUUGCGCAGCCCUCUGUGGCGGACUACUCGCCCCCGGGGACGCCGUCGAUCUCGAGUGCGGCGAAGGGCCUGCCGCCCGGGGCGAUGCCACCCUCGGCCCACGUCCGGACAAAGUCGCAGACGGCUAUCAUCGAGAAUGUGUCUGCCGCGCUGCCGUACCAAGGCGCUGCUGGGACGGCGGCGGCCCCCGACGUGCGCGGCGAGGCGGCGGCUGGGGACGACGUGGGGGCCCUCGGACAGCCGAAGAAGAAGCACUGGUUCAACAGGCGCAAGAAUCGGCGGAUGAGCGAGAGCGACGCGCUCCCGAGCACGCCCCCUGGGCAGGAUGCGGGUCGUUCGUUUGUCGUGGUCCGGAAGCAGCGCCCCGGGGCACCUUCGCCGAGUUCGUCAUCUGCACCGCCCGCAGAAGACGUGGUCGAGCAGGAGCGGGGACCGUCGUUCUCGGCGCUGCGGGGUCCGGCGCACUCUGACCCACAAGCCCCGUUCUACGCAAUUUAGCCUUGUUCAUCGCUUCCUAAUCUUCGUGCAUGUUUUUCGCGCUGUGCCGCCCCCCUCAUACAUGGUAUACCUUAGUUUUGGGACAAUAGUUGCACUGUAGUUCUCGGACAGUCUAACCUAUUUAGUUUGCUCUCGACCUCGUAGCUCACGUACCAUGUACUCGUAUUCGCUCACCAUCCACCAUAUAUCCACAUCGU